AGGGGAUUCUGGGCGUGGUAGUUUUAUAUGUCACCACCUGGUGCUACUGGGUUGGCUCAGCUAGAGGGAAGCAGGACUACAAGACCCACCAGGCAGCGCGGCUGACAGUCCUGGCUGGUGCAAUCUCUUAUCUCCACAGGCGGUAGCGGGAAAAAGAGGGUCUUGGAGGGGCGGGCUUGCAGUUGGGGGUGUCUCGGGUCUUUGGCCGGAUGGGAUUUCCCCGGACUUUGCUCCUCUGCAGAGAAUACAGAUUGCGACUGCGAGGACCUAAUCCUUACAGUGCUGGGAGUCGUCUUCCUCAUUGGGCGAGAGCAUAACUGCUCUUUCUUGUAAAGACCCAACUCUGCCCUCUUUCCGUCAAGUUGCUUGGAAGCUUGGAGGAGGAAAAAAAGAACCUUGCCAAGCAUGCACUUGUACUCGGGCAACGUUGAUUUUAUUUUAAUUUAAAUUUUUGCUCGUGAGGUCUUACUGCAUCUCUGUUGCGAAAUAACAGGGGUUGUUUUUGGGGGGGUUUUGUUGUUUUUUAAGAGGUGGAUGUGAUUGCUUUCCCCACCACCUCUGGAAUUUGCACCCUCCAAGGGGGAGCAUGCAUCGCCUCUCGGGACUCGCGAAAGAAGCCGCUCGCCCGAGCAGCAAGAAUGAACGGACAGAGGCGGCCGUGCGCUUCGUCUCCUCGCUCGUGGCCGGCAACAAGCAGCCGAGAUCGGCCGCCCGGCCCCGCCGGCCGCCGGGGAAAGACUGGAGCAGCGCUGCCAAGGCCUCUGCGAUCCCGAUCAAGGAGAAGCAGACCCGGGAAAAGAUCCUCACGCUGGAAUCCAUGAACCCCCAGGUCAAAGCGGUGGAGUACGCCGUGCGGGGGCCCAUCGUCUUGAAAGCGGGCGAGAUCGAGAACGAACUGCGGAAGGGGAUCAAAAAGCCUUUCACGGAGGUCAUCAAGGCCAACAUUGGGGACGCACACGCCAUGGGUCAACAGCCCAUCACCUUCCUUCGUCAGGUAGUUGCACUUUGUACGUACCCAAACCUGUUGGACAGCCCAAGCUUCCCAGAGGACUCUAAGAAGAGAGCGAGACGGAUCUUGCAGGGUUGCGGAGGGAACAGCUUAGGUUCCUACAGUGCCAGCCAAGGGGUGAACUGUAUCCGUGAAGAUGUUGCAGCCUACAUUGAGCGACGGGAUGGAGGCGUUCCUGCAGAUCCAGAGAACAUAUACCUGACAACGGGAGCUAGCGACGGUAUUGCUACUAUUCUAAAGAUCCUUGUCUCAGGGGGCGGAAGAUCCCGAACUGGAGUGAUGAUCCCAAUCCCCCAGUAUCCCUUGUAUUCAGCUGCUAUCUCGGAAUUGGAUGCCAUUCAGAUCAACUAUUACCUUGACGAAGAGAACUGUUGGGCCCUAGACGUCAAUGAACUACGCCGCUCCUUGAAUGAAGCCAAAACAUACUGCAAUCCAAAGGUCCUCUGCAUCAUCAACCCUGGAAAUCCCACAGGUCAGGUUCAAAACAGAAAAUGCAUUGAAGAUGUGAUCCACUUUGCCUGGGAAGAGAAGUUGUUCCUUCUAGCUGAUGAGGUUUAUCAAGAUAAUGUCUACUCGGAAAGCUGUCAGUUUCACUCCUUCAAAAAGAUCCUUUAUGAGAUGGGACCAGAUUACUGUAACAAUGUGGAGCUUGCUUCUUUUCAUUCUACCUCUAAAGGAUACAUGGGCGAGUGUGGCUACAGAGGCGGCUACAUGGAGGUGAUUAACUUGCACCCAGAUAUUAAAGGGCAACUUGUGAAGCUUCUGUCAGUCCGUCUGUGUCCGCCGGUCUCAGGUCAAGCAGCCAUGGAUAUUGUCGUGAAUCCUCCUGUACCUGGGGAGGAAUCAUAUGCACAGUUCAUCAAGGAAAAGGAGUCUGUCUUGAACAACCUCGCCAAAAAAGCCAAACUGACAGAAGACAUGUUCAAUCAAGUACCAGGGAUCCACUGCAACCCUCUUCAAGGGGCUAUGUAUGCUUUUCCACGAAUCUUCAUCCCUUCCAAGGCCAUCGAGGCAGCAAAGGUUCAUAAAAUGGCUCCCGACAUGUUCUACUGUAUGAAACUUCUGGAGGAAACAGGGAUCUGUGUUGUUCCUGGAAGUGGCUUUGGCCAAAGAGAAGGCACUUACCACUUUAGGAUGACCAUUCUCCCUCCGGUAGAGAAGCUAAAGAUCUUGCUGGAGAAAGUGAAAGACUUCCACAUAAAGUUUCUCAAAGAGUACUCUUAAGCAAAAUUAAGACUCUCUUCUACUCUUGCUCUCUCUUUCCAGAGUAAAUCUGGGAAAUCCAAACAAAGCUGUGAGGGGGAAAUGUUCUUUGUCUUCUUUUAAUCAAUCAAAUCCACACUAGAACGGCUAGAGCCCAGCUAUGAAAUUUGCGUACCUCCAGCCUGAGUGUGUACUGUUGCUUUAAUUUCAUGGAAAGAAAUGGAAAUAAGGGCAAGAAUUGGGGGGGGGGGGAGAGUGCAAUUGUGUGCCUUGACUCAAUUUUUAUUUCUUAGCUUGUGUGGCUGGCUGGCCUGAUGAAAAAAAAAAGAUAGGGAAAUUCUUGGUGAGAAUUAUUGGAACUAUUACUAUUUCAAAACCCUACAAAAUUUACCUUUGGUCUUAAAUAUAAAAGCAAAAUUUAACUAAGCUGGCAAUUGAGUGUCAAUAAACACCCUUCGAUAGAUUAAAAAAAUUCCCUUACUCUGUGUACUUUAACAAGGCAUCCCCUUCUAUCUUCCAUAUUUUAAAAGCUGCAUGCUUCCAGUAAAUUGGGUAGAAUAUGGUUUGUGUAAACUGUUGUGCGGUUCUCCUUGGCCUAAGCAAGGCUGCAACAGAUACAUUUUGUGGUAGAUGUCCUGUUCAGACUCAUCAUUUGAGCACUAUGCCAUGCUGUGAGCAUUAGGUAUGUCGUCCCUUUCUGUUUCAGGAUUUAAGAAAUGCCCCAAAUUUAUUCUCUGAGAACCCAGUGAAUCCAGACUAGACUGCCCCGGCAUGUGAACUGAUGCCAGUCAUGGUCUUUGUAUGGAAAAGAAUCAUAAGUAUGAGCUAAAUAAAUAAAAUUGAGAGCCUAUAAGAGGGAGGCGUGGAACUGAUAUAAUCAGGACACAGAACUAUCCUCCUUUCAUUUGGCUAGGUGCUGCUUUAGAAUAUUGAGUAAAUUAGCUAAGCAAAGGAGACGCUUCUCAGCUAUAAAUCGGAAUGCGCCUCAGCAUGGUAGGAAAUAAAUACAAGAUGCCGAUACCAGAAGGAGCAAUUUCCUAUGUGCGAAAUGAUCUGCCAAUUUUGUUCAACAACGUACGCUGCAAGAAAAGCAUAUUUUGAUCACUGACCUAUAAUAAUAAGGUCCAACGUUGAAGGAACGUGGAAACGUCACAGUGAGAAAGGGUCCAAUCUGGUAGUAUAAUCUUGCCUAAAUAUUCAGCCUCCUCUCAGGGCUGCUAUUUCAACCUGAACAGGCAACUGGAAGUUCUGUGAAAAUCGCUAUCCCAUGGCUGUUUCUUUUGUUUCUAGCUUCAGAAAGACAGAUUUUCUCCAAGGUAUGUCACAUGGGCUGAGUUUCUCUUCUAAGAAGUAGAAGUGAAAACGAGAGGGCAAGAUGGCCAGUAGGCUAUUUAGCAUGGCUAACCAGAGUGGAGUGGACUGCCUGACUGCUAUUAUUGCCCAGGUUCAUGACACUUUGCUCUCCUACAGUAGAUCUAAGAGUUUUCCGUGUUGGUCCAACUGGGCUUCAUUUUACGAUACAGUGUGAAAGUACCAUUUCCUCCCCCAUUACUCCAUCUCAGUCUUGAACAUAAAUAGGGGUGCCAAUUUCAAUAUUGGGGGAGCAGGUAAGCCCUGCCGCACAUAAUCACAUGAUGCAGCGCAUGCACAUCGUUUGAAUGGCAAUGCCUAGCAACUUGUGGGGUGGGCUGGCCCCCUCAAAUAUUUUAUUGUGGGGGAGCAAAGGCCCCUCAGCCCCUAGGAGUUGGCUCCUGUGUACAUAAACCUGGCUUAACUUUUUGGGGGGCUGCUGCUGUUGCUGACCCAAGUUUCCAGAAUGGUCCAAGUGAACAAAGCAAUUACGACUGCAGAUUACCCUGCGUACUUGACUAUAUUGCUGAGUUGAAUUCCAAAGGGGCAAACAAAUGUAUCUUACGGGUGGUGUUAAUUCUAAAUGGACACAUUGCCAUCCGAGAACAGCAGAAACGUCCUUUUUGCAUUUUUGUCCCCUUAAACCUACCAUUUUACUGACAAGGAUGGGGAUAUCGGAAUGCUGAAUGAACAGAACACUCAGCUUGCUGGAGCAACUGCUUGGCACGGUUUCCUAAGCAUUGAUUACGUGAACUACUGAAAACUAACAUGUUUCACUCUUGGAACACUGCAGUUUAAACAAAAAACAAAGGAAUUGCACUUUCCCUCCCUGAAAUCUGGCUUCGGGCUCUCUGCUUGGGAAGGGCCGUCAUUGAACAUACAGUGCAAGAGAAUUCUGUGCGCUACUCGUGAUUACUAUAUAUUUUUAUAUACUUUUGUAAGUUUUAUUCCCCCAUUGGGUUUGGGAAGGGUGGGAGGGGAGGGGAGUAUUUGUAGUCUUAACAAGCCAGUGGGUUUUCUAUUUACCUUGUGUUUACACCCAGUGUCCCUGAAAACGAUGCAAGGUUUACAUGUUUCUAAAUAACUCUUUUUGCAGGGAUGUUUUAAAAGCUUUGCUUUUUCCUCCCACACCUGUUGUUUUCUGCCUUUUUAAAAAUGGGAGCAGGAAUCCUUAGAGGUUUAGUUAUUAAAUCAAGGAUGCUGACCUACCUUCCUUUGUGUUUUCUAAACACUGUUACGGUGCCUUUUGAUUUCUGGUACGCCGAGGGAGAAUGAAUGGGUUUGUUGUUGUUUUUUCCUGCAUCUUUUGAGAAAUGGUACGAUCCUUCCACAUUGAUUUGACACAUUUGUAAGUACUGUGAUGAGCUGCUAAAUUUUAACUUGGUUGUCCUGGAGGCAAGGCGGUCAUCCCUGGAAUCUAUUCCAGAGUGGACCUCAGUGGAUGCAAUUCCCAAAUAAACGGUUUCGAGAUUGCAGAUGGAGAAUGUUACUACACUGAAUUUUUGUUCUCUCUUUUUAAAAAAUGUACGUCCUUAAUGAGUAAGGCAAUAUCUAAACAUUGUGAUGCAUGCUCGUAGGUUCACAUUUCCUACAGGUGCUCCUCAUGCUGUUCUUGGGAUGACUUUUUAAACGUACCUACAACUUCGAAAAAUUAAAUAAAAGAAUGGUUGGAAACUC